AUGGCCGCGCCUCCCGCCUUCUCCGCCCGCCGGCUCCCUAUACUGCAGUCCAUAUUUCUGCUGUUCGCCUGUGCACUCCGCGCUAAGGACAGUAGUGAGGCAGCAGAAGAAGCUGGUACCUGGAAUGAAGAGGUCACCAAAUGGUGGGGAGAAUGGAGCUCCUGGUCUACAUGUUCCCGCACCUGUGGAGGAGGUGUAAUGUCAAGAGAGAGGCACUGCUUAUGGCAGCGGCUACACGUAUCUCAGGGGACAAAUAGUAGCAUGUGCCUAGGUCAGUCAAAACGCUAUCAGUUAUGCCAACAGCAGCUUUGCCCUGCCAACACAGCCAGUUUCAAGCAACAUCAGUGUGCCAGUUUCAAUGCCAAGGCCUUUGGGAAACACUAUUAUCAUUGGAUGCCACUCUACCCAGAUGAUUACACCAGCAUCUCUAACAAGCCCUGUGAUCUCCAAUGCACUUCAAGGAAUGGAGAGAGACAACUCAUGGCACAAGCCCAGGAUGGCACAUCGUGCAAGGAUAGGGCUUACCAAGGAGUCUGUAUCAGUGGGAAGUGUGAGCCAAUAGGGUGUGAUGGCAGCCUCUAUUCUUCCCAGGUGAUGGACCGAUGCCGGGUAUGUGGAGGAGACGGAAGCACUUGCUACCGAGUCUCAGGCAGUUUCCGAAAGGGGAUCUCACAGUUAGGAUACGUAUUUAUCACCAACAUUCCUGCUGGUGCUACAGAUAUACUCAUUAUUGAACGAAGGAAGACAGAAAACAUCCUGGCUCUGGCUGAUGAUUUGGGACAUUUCUUCUUCAAUGGAAACUCUGCUAUUGACAAUCCACAGAAUUUUAGAGUGGCUGGCACCGUGUUCAAAUACCGCCGUCCUUCUAAUCUACAUUCUGAUGGUCUGGAAUACAUUAUUGCACAAGGACCCACUAAUCAGUCUCUCAACAUCAUGUACUACAAUUUCAAUGGAAAAAUGCCACAUGUAACGUAUGACUACACUGUACCUAGAGCAUUGUCACCAGCUGUUCAGACAGUUCCGCCAUCCAUCAAGAUGCCUCUCUAUCUUCACUUACCAGAGCCUAGCCAAAAUUACCAAGAUGCAGUUUCAUCCAUUUCCCAAGAUUUCAAUGCUUCUUGGGCUUCUGUCACAGAGAUGACAGAUGACACAGAAGAAGAACCUGGGGGCAUGUCCUUCAAUAGCCAGAACUUCUUCCUAAAUAACUCCACUCCCCAAGGCAAAGAAUGGGGCUGGAAACAUGAGGCACAGGAGGAAAAUCUCAGCUUUCAAUUCCAGCAACUUUAUGAAACAAAUGAAGAUGAAGAAGUGACAGCUGACAAAGAAGCAGAUCUGGCCCUCAGACUCAAUAAUAUUAUGAUCAGCACAGCCACACCACAUGGUGCAGCAAGAUUUGAACUCCAUGAAGCCAAUAAGAUUGGUCCAUCCAGACAGCAUCUCUUCAGAUCAUUGUGUCUCCAGGAUCCACAAAAUGCUGCUUUUUGUAGGGCAUUGCAUUACAUGACAGCCAAGGUUGGAAGAAAGAAUUCAACAGUCGGGUUGUGGGCUCACGCAACUAUCAAAUGGCCAGGAGGACUGCCCAAGCAACCUGCAAAAAAGAACUUUCCAGACAAAGUGAAUGUCGACCCUUUUGCAAUAAAUAAAGCAACAAAUGACACUGUCAUGGCAAUUUCUUCCAACCCUAGCUCCAGCUCCAGGCUUCCAAUCCAUUUUGGGAACGAGCAGUUGUCAGAGCCUCUUCAAGGUCCAGGUGCUGAAAGCAAUGACUUUGAACUGAGUCCCCUUGGCCGUGAGGACAUCAGCUUGGCUGACAUGUAUCGCUGGAAGGUAUCAGCCUAUGCUCCUUGCAGCUCCACAUGCACAUCAGGGAUCAGCACCUCCUAUGCUAUGUGUGUCCGCUAUGACGGAGUAGAAGUGGAAGAAACCUACUGUGAUGCAUUGACUCGUCCUGAACCCACCCAUGAAUUCUGCGCAGGUCGAGAGUGCCAGCCUAGGUGGGAGACCAGCCAGUGGAGUGAGUGUUCAAGAACUUGUGGUGAAGGUUAUCAGUACCGAAUUGUCCGCUGUUGGAAGAUGCUGGCUCCAGGCUUUGAUAGUUCAGUCUACGAUGACAUGUGUGAGUCAGCUGGGCUAACCAGGCCCAUGGAACGGAAAUCAUGCAAGAACAAAGUUUGUGGGCCACAGUGGGAGUUGUCAGAAUGGUCUGAGUGUUCUGCUCGGUGUGGCAGUCAAGGGACAAUGAGAAGAGAAGUGCGCUGUUCAGUCGAACCCAAACUGUGCAAUCAAUCUACAAAGCCCAUCAAUGAGAAGGAGUGUUUAGGUCCUCCCUGUGACAGGCACUGGGCUGCUUCUGACUGGGGACCGUGCUCAGGUUUGUGUGGUGAGGGACGGAUGAAUCGCUUGGUCACCUGCCGCAAUGUGGAAGGGAAGUUGAUCUCGGAGUCCCAGUGCAAUCCCAACACUAAGCCCCUGGCAAUCUACCCCUGUGGAGAUAAGAACUGCCCUGCCCAUUGGGUCGAGCAAGAAUGGGACCAUUGCAAUGCCACAUGUGGCCGAGGUGUCAAGAUGCGGACAGUGCUGUGUGUGGGAUUAGAAAAUGGCCUGUACAAGGAGUAUCCUGGGAAGCGCUGCGAGGCUUCUCCAAAGCCAGAAAUACAAGCCCCAUGUUUCCAGAGACCUUGUUCCACAUGGUUUUCAACCUCUUGGUCUCAGUGCAGCAAGACCUGUGGCACUGGCCUGCGUUUCCGUGAAGUGAAGUGCUACCAAGGAGAAACCUUAGGCCAAGGCUGUGAGUCAACAUCUAAACCUGAAGCCAGGCAAGCUUGCCAACUACAGCCAUGUCCCACUGAUGCUCCAGACGAAGACUGUGAUGACAAAGCAACAGCUAACUGUGUGUUGGUGCUGAAAGUAAAGCUCUGCUCACACUGGUAUUACAGAAAGGCUUGCUGCAGAUCUUGUAAGGGCAAAACACCGUGAUUUGGCCCCUCCUUUUUCCACUUCAGAAUAAGAAGCCUCAAGAGAGAAACUUGAUGGAGGCCUGCCUUCUUGACCAGAAAGUGCCUGAUCCUUAUGGACAGUCCAGAACAUCGGUCCACUUAUUAGAAUGUUGCUGUAAAAAUGACUCCAAUUACAGGCCUUUUCAUUAGGAGGCCUGCUCCUAUAUAUUGUGCAGGUGAUCUAAUAAUCAGGCUCCAUGAUGCUAUUCACAGGCAUUUUGUCAUUCUAAGUAAUAUUAAAAUCUCUGCUUCUCACUUCCUUGAAUUCCUGGGACUGGAUGCGUCCCUGAUUGAGUCUGGAUUUCAGUGGCAUCAUCUGAGACUGUUUGAAAACUACAUACAGCUUGCGAUGUGCAAAUCACUAGUGUUGCAUCAUCAGCCCCAUAAUGAUGCUGCUCUUUCAUCCUUAUAUAUCUAGGUGAAUUCCACUCUUAACGGGUAUGUCAUAUUUUAGAGAGUGUUUCUCAUCCUUGGCAAUUUUAAGACAUGUAGAAUCCCACAGCCAGCAUGGGAGUUGAAGUCUACACAUAUUAAAAGUUGCUGAGGUUGAGAAAUACUGUAUUUCCUUUUAUGCAUUGCUUCUUUAGGUUGAGCUUUACAUCCACACUUUGUACCAAAAGCUCCAUACAUAAUUUUAGAACAUUCUCUUACAUUUAGACAUAACAUGAAAUCCAGCAGUGGUCAAUCUAAUCUGGUCCAACCUAGUUUCUGAUUGUGCAACUAAAUGGCUGUAGGGGAGCCCCGUGUCAAAUAUAAAGACAAUAAAAGGUAAAAUGCUCUUUUGUUUCCUGCUGACUUCAUAGGCACAACUUUGCCGUUUUCUUGCCAAGUGGGUUCACCAUUGUCUUUUUCUGAGAAUUUUUCCAAUUUCUCAAUCUAUCCUACAGCCUUAGUACUCCUCGAUAGUCUUCCAUCCAAGGACUGACAGUAGCUUUUCUAGAUUGGCCAGUUGGAUAGAUUGCCCCUGCACAAUCCAUUUCCAGAGAUAGUCUUCUUUAUAUAAGGAUUUUUUUAAAAAAUCCAAGUGGAUUUUAAAUGGUAAAGAGACUAACAUUAGAAUGUGAGAGGAGGGGAAAUUUCCAAUGGCCUUCUAAAAUCAGAAUAAGAUUAGGAUGAUAAUCUGGGCCUUCUAAAAACAUGUACAGUGGCAGACACAACUUCAUUUAUCUUGCUACCAAAGAAAACUUUCUAGCCAGGUGGUAGUUGGAAAAGGGUGGCAAACAGCCUUUGCCUUCAUGAGGACGGGUGGAUCCUUGCCUCCUUUAAAGUUGGUAGCAUCAUUGCAUCAUACAAAGUCAUUUUUGCCACUUUUUGGUUAACUCAGAGGUCAGGCAGUUACAGUUGUCAAUGAUCUGAGCUAAAAAGUUGAAAAACACCUUAUGCAAUUAGAUCAGAUGAUACAUAGGCUUCCUGGAAUUCUCUUGUGUCAAAAGCAGUCAAACACAAUGGCCUUCUUUCAUACUUUACAUGUGACAGUUCUUUUUUGGGAAACCAAAUCUGGUUGAAAGCUAAAGGACUUUGAGGAGAGUGUAGGGACCUUCAUUUGACCUAUCAAGAACAGGCUGAGUAGCAUACCCAUCACUUGUUCAUAGUUUUCCCCACUAUGGAGGAAGGUUGGGGGUUUUUUUACAUUUCACUCAUUCUAAAAGUGCAGUGGGUACAUUUCAUGAAAACCUGUGCUGACUUUUUAUAAUGCAUGUCUUGGGGUUGUUGUUUUUUUGGACAGUGAAAAAAACUACCACAAGAGUAGUUAUUGUAUUAUAGUGAAGGCUCCAUGGUGCCUCUCUUUUCUGUUCUGGCUUGCCUGGGCAUUAGCACUAGAUCUCUGGAAACUGGAGUAAUAAUAAUGGGGAAACCUGCUUUGGGUUUUCCUGUAUGAGUUUUGGGGUAAAACUGAUCUUAAGAGAUUGGAAGGAAUGAGUGCCAUUAAGGAGGGCCUGAAGAAAAGAUGAGAAAGGGAAGUGCAAGAAAGAAACUCAAAAUAGUUUCCUUGAACUUGUAUAAGAUAGGACAAAGAGAAACUUGGACAUAUUUUCUGUCACUCAACCUUGACUCCAAUAAAGAGCUUUUGUUGAA